AUGGAAGAAUUGAUUAUCCAAUUUGUCAACUUGGAACUGCAGGGCAACCAUGAGAGCCACAAGACCCAGGGGUUCAGCUCUAAAACCCUGGUGGUGCGGAGAGGAGCACCCUUCAAAGUCACCCUGCUCCUCAAGGGACGAGCCUUUAACCCACAAACUGACACCCUGGUGUUCAGAGUCCUCCUAGGUCAGAUGUACGUGGAGUUCCCCGUCACCUUCUCCAAGCAGGGAUCCCCCUCCCAAUGGAGCGCCUACUUCACCACCAAAGGCCUGAACCCCAAAUCUCCCUCUUUGUACAUAUCCAGCCCUGCCUCUUCCUCCGUAGGGCUCUACAGUAUUCAGCUCCACGUGCUCACACAGCACGGUCAGCAGGGCUACGUGGUGGGAGACUUCAUCCUCCUUUGCAACCCCUGGUGCCAUGAGGAUGCAGUGCACAUUCCCUUCGAAGACCAGAGAGAGGAAUAUGUAAAGAAUGACUCUGGUUUAUUGUACAUGGGGACCCCUAAAAACCUUGAAUCAAGACCUUGGUCGUUCGAUCAGUACGAGCCAGAGAUUCUGGAUAUUUGUCUGAAGCUGCUCCAGGUCAGCCCGCAGCAUGGCAGGAACUGGCAGAAGGACUACCUUCACCGCGCUGACCCUGUCUACCUCAGUAGGGUGGUGUCUGCCAUGAUUAACUGCGAAGACGACCGAGGAGUCCUGAGAGGGAACUGGUCGGGCGAUUUUAAGAACGGGGUGCCCCCCUCCAAGUGGACAGGAAGUGCGGAUAUUUUGAGACAAUGGGCCAAGUCCAAGUUCAGCCCAGUGAAGUACGGCCAGUGCUGGGUGUUUGCUGCUGUGAUGUGCACAGUCAUGAGAGCUCUUGGCAUUCCAUCCCGUGUCAUCACCAACUUCAACUCAGCCCAUGACACCAACGGCAACCUGGUCAUCGAGGAGUUUUACUCUGAGACGGGCAAGAAACUACCUCACAGUAAAGACAGCAUAUGGAACUUCCAUGUAUGGGUGGAGUGUUGGAUGACCCGGCCAGACCUGGGUGCAGGAUUUGAUGGGUGGCAGGUUUUGGAUCCAACCCCGCAGGAGAGGAGCGGAGGAAUCUUCUGCUGUGGCCCAGCCCCAGUGAAGGCUAUCAGAGACAGGCGUGUGGACCUGGUCUACGACAUCCCCUUUGUGUAUGCUGCGGUGAAUGCUGACAUCCAUACGGUCAUUGUGAAGCAGGGCCAGGUGCUGAGCUCCAGCACAGACACAGAGAGAGUUGGAUCCCUCAUCGUCACCAAGACCAUAGGCUCACCAAGGCCUCAGAACAUCACAGGGGACUACAAACCCACCAAAGCUGCCAUGUCCUCCCACAGAUCAAGGGGUGCAAGGUCAACUCAGGGCCUCUCAGUGUCUCUGAGCCUCCUUAAAGUGCCUGCUGCUGGGGAAAACAUCUCCUUCACAGUCAUGGUCACGAACAUGGAAAGCGUCCCCAAGGUGCUGAGGGAGCAUGUCAACGCUCAGACCAAGGAGUACAACCACAGUCCCUCAGACGCCUUCUGGGAGGCCCACAACAUCAUACGGAUAGCGCCGCACGAAGCUAAGGCCAUUCAUCACCAGAUCGGCCAUGUCCUGUAUGAGUCUCUGAUGGGAGAUGACCUGGUCAACCUGGCUGUGGUCAUGGAGGACAAGUCUACUCAGGAGAGAGUCCUGGCCUCAGAGGAGUUCAACAUCACCAGCCCUCAGCUCUUUAUACAGAUUGCAGAUGAAGACUCCAUCGUGCCACACAAGGAGCACACUGCCCUCGUAGUCUUCCGCAACCCCUUCUCUGUACCUGUGAGCGGCGUAUUAACCGUGGCUGGCUCUGGUUUGAUCGAGGGGAAAAUUCACUCAAGGAUUCACCUGUUAAAGCCAGGGGGCACUGUGGAGAGGAUUUUCAGUUUCACUCCGAGGAUUGUGGGAAAAAAGAUGUUGCAGUCUACUCUAGUCCUCAAAAACAACUCUACAAAAAUUACAGGCUACAGAAUGAUCUCUGUGAAGGCAGCGUAGUCAUUUUGCAAUGAUUCAGAUGGUGCAAGUAAAUAUGCUUGUAUUUCAGGUAGGAAUAUCAUGUACAACUUAAGUAUUAUAUACAUUAUUUAUAUU